AAUUAUAUUUUCGCCAAGCCAAUAAUUUUGUUUAACGCCGUUGCGCAUAUUUACGCGCGCUUAGUGUUGGCUAAUGCAUUUGAAAUAUUAACGCUUAAUAUACAAGCGUCGUUUUGCGAUCAGGAUACAAAAUUUUUUUUCAAAUUUAGUUUGUUUUGUUUGUUUGUUGUUUGUGUUUACAAGUUUGACAAUUAUAAUCAUCAUGGACAACUCCCGGCGAUCGGUUGCCACUAACGAGGACAGCAUUAGCAUGUAUUUGUCCUUUGAUACCGACGAUACUAUGUCGUCCAUUAGCAAAUGGCAAUCUGUGGCAAGUCACAUUGAAGUGCAGUCCACCGAGUUGGAUUUUAAGCUAGACAAAACUCUUGAGGAAAAUCAGGGCAAGCGUAAGAUUCUGCAGCAGAAGAACUCGAUUGACAACGAAACUGAUCAUGUUUCGCCUUUGCGACCCUUUGACAAAAGUCUUCUAAACAAGCACAAUGCCUUAAGUUCCACGCCUUCAAAGAUUAUCGUAGUACCAGAAAUUAAUUUGGAUUUAACCCAAACUGAUGCCGACCAGAUAUCAAAUAAGGAAAACGCUCAUCCUAACGAGGAAUCGGGCAGCGGCAAUGCUGGAGACAAUUCAACACUAUCCUCUUCUGUGGACAUAACAGCUACCACAGUAAAAGCAAAUACAUUGAUGAUCGAUGGUACGAUCGAUGAGCCUUCUACUUCUGUAAAUCAGUACAAUAAGACCAGUGGAAAUAAUGUGUAUCCUUUGAGUGCUGAUGUUAUUUUAGAAAACAUCACCGAGGAUUUCGCAGUGUCCCAUGAAGAGGAACCAUCAGUGUCUCUCGCCGAGGUUGAUAAAAAGGCUAUCCAAGUAGAUGAAGUCGUUAAUGAAGUUUCUCAUCUAAUUGAAAGAGUGCUUAAGAUAUCUGAAGGUCCGGUCAAAUCUCAAUUAUCAAAGCAAGUUCCCAAAGCCGUAAAAUCGAGGCUAUCCAGCAUUCCAAUGCCUCGGCCACGUCGCUCGAUGUUACCCACAUCUGGUGCGGAGACGCGUGGCUUUACGGUUAAGCAGCGCAUGUCUGUUGUGGUCAAGACCACGCUUAAUAGUCCAGCUCGCAGGCUGAGUACAAUGGCGCUGAACCGGCGCAGUUGCCUCCCCACAGCUUCCAAGGGACGUAUAUCUAUUAAUCCAACUGCUAAAGCAGUAAAACCUGCUCCACUCACUACUGAACCGCAGAAUAAACCAGCUCCUCAAGCAAUCACUUCCCGGUUGAAGAAUGAUAAUGCGGCAAAGCCAUUAAAGAGACUCAAUAUUGGAUCAGGAUCGCAAUCGACAGGUAUUAAACAUCGCUGCAAAUAUUGCGACAAAAAUUUUGCAUUGGAACGCGCACUGCAUAUUCACCUGAUGCAAAACUGUGACAAGAUACCGCCAAGUGAGAAGCGAAAGUUGCAGUUCACAGAGCUGAAUCAUGUGAGAAAGGCAGAACUACCGAAACUGGGGGCAGCCACACAGCAGGCCGCCCGUCCAAACAUCAAGACACCCACUGUCCCAGUGGGAAAGGCUUCCUCGUCGAGUGGAUCUCAUCAAAUGGCACCGCCAUCUGCAAAAAAGGUGCCAAAGAAUGUGGCUCAUGCUGGUGUCUGUCGCACACCCACCAAAUCUGUGCUUUGCCACACUUGCAAGCAAUCUUUUAGAAGCGUCCUUGAUUAUACCAAUCAUUGCCUGACUAAGCACUCCAAAUCGAACACGAAGGACUCGGCUGAAGCAGCUAGAGCUUAGUAUUUAGUCAAAUAGCAUGUCGUUUAACCUAAGUUGAGUUCAUAUUUAAUUUACUUCAGUUCAAAAUAUAUAUAUUAGCAAUCA